ACACAUUUUCCCGAGACGAAUUCACUCCCGCUUCACCCCUCUCUCUAUAUAUCUAUCUUCAAUGAACGCUCGAUCAUAGGCUUCAAUGUCGAUGUAAUAGAUUUAAGCAAAUGGUGUAAUUUCGAAUUUGGGUUUUUGAUCACAACGCGUCUGAUUGAGAUGAUGGAAGCAAGAUCCAAAGAUUAAUUACUGCUAAUUAUAAUUCUGAUCAUCAUGCCCUCAACCAUUACAGUCUCUAAACGACAUCUUCCCGGAUACAAAUGCUUAAUAAUCUUAAUCCUCCUCCCAAUUUCUUUCACCAUUAUCUUCAACCACUACGAAAAAAUCACCUACUUUUUACGCCCACUAUGGGACACCCCACCACGCCCAUUCACCUACAUCCCACACUACUACGCAGAAAACGCUUCCAUGGCCACCCUCUGCCGCCUCCAUGGAUGGACCUUACGUUCUCACCCUCGUAAAGUCUUCGACGCCAUCAUCUUCAGCAACGAACUAGACUUACUCGAAGUCAGAUGGGGUGAACUUAAUCCAUACGUCACCAAAUUCAUAAUCCUUGAAUCAAACACAACUUUCACAGGUAUCCCAAAAGAUCUCACUUUCGCUUCAAAUCGUGAACGUUUCUCCUUCGUUGAAGAUAAAAUCGUAUACGGUUUCCUCCCUGGGAAAUUAGCGUCCAAGGGUAAAACCGUAAAUCCGUUUUCUGUUGAAGCACAUCAUCGGGUUUCCAUGAACGGGUUAAUUGCAAGUUCAGGUAUCUCUAAUGGCGAUUUACUGAUUGUAGCGGAUACUGAUGAGAUUCCAAGUGGGAAUACUGUGAAACUGCUUCAAUGGUGUGAUGGGUUGCCACCUGUCAUGCAUCUUGAUAUGAGAAAGUAUCUGUAUUCUUUCGAGUUUCCAACUGACCCCACAUGGAAGGCGACAAGUCAUGUGUUUAAUGAACAUCGUACGAGAUAUAUGCAUUCAAGACAAACGGAUCUUGUGCUUUCGGAUACUGGGUGGCAUUGUAGUUUUUGUUUCAAGUAUUUGAGUGAGUUUGUGGAGAAGAUGAAGGCGUAUAGCCAUGCAGAUCGUGUGAAGAGUAAAGAACAUUUGGAUCAUCAAAAGAUUCAGGAAAAGAUUUGUAAUGGAGAUGAUCUUUAUGGAAUGUUGCCUGAAGAAUAUAGUUUUAAGAACUUGAUUGGGAAGAUGGGGUCGAUUCCUCGUUCAGUUUCUGCAGUUCAUCUUCCAACUUAUUUGAUUGAAAAUGCUGAAAAGUUUAGGUUUCUUCUUCCUGGAGGUUGUUUACGUUCUCCUGAUUGAUUGAAUCUUUCCUGUUAAUCUUUAAUUAUGGAGAUUAAGUAUUGUUAUAUAUAUGAAGUUAUGAGUUAAUUAGUUAAUCUUUUUGA